UGCUGUGCUCAGAUUCAAAAGAAUUAAUUUGUUUUCGAUAAAUAUCUCAAUUUUGUGUUAUAAUUUGUGCUGGAAACCUUACAAUGAAGUGUGUCUAAUUUACUAAUUUAACUUAAUUAUGGAUGCGAACGUAUUUGUGUCGAAAUUGAAAGCGGACGGGUCAAAAAAUGACUUGACCAAUCUGGAUGAAGUUUUUUGUGAUUACAAGGAAUUAUUGACUAAAUUGACGGCAAAGGACCGAGGGCCCUUCUCUUUGAAUGUACUUUGUGUAUUAUGCAGGAACCUAGAAAAGGCGCCAUCUUGGCGGGCCCAGGUCAACUGUAAAUCAUUGGCAACACUGAGCAUUGACUGUGUUAGAGAAUGCCGGAGCUUGGAUACCGCUGAGCAGGUUAAGACGUUGGCCUGCGUGUAUCAUAUACACAAACAUGUUGUGAGACAGAACACACCAACUCCACCGGAACUCAUACUCAAACUUUCAUACAUGCCGUUUGAACCGGACAACCCUUUAACAGACUACUGCAAGACAUACUGGAACAUCCUCGCUGACCGCAUCACUUACAUAGAAAAACUUAAAGCGGGCAAACGGGCCAUUGGAAAACUUCUACAAAAACUCACCGAAGAUGUAGUCAAAGUCAUCAAAAUGUAUGACACUGUGCAGUUUUGUUCGACAAUAUUAACUUUUCUGGUAAAAAAAUUGCAUUUCCUCUACAACGAUACGUGUUCAACCGAAUUGAACCAAGUAUUCGGGAAGAUUUUUCAAGAGAUCUCUCUAAAACCUGACUUGAAACUGUUUAAGAAGUUGCCUGACAAGGAAACUAUGGAUGUCUACGUGAAAUUGAAUGACUGUCUUUAUGUCAUCGCUGAGAACACAUCGAGGAUAAACUUUAAAGAUUCCGUGCUGAACACAGCAAUACAAACUGCCAUAUCUAUUGUUGGACACCGGCCCGAUAUGCUGCAUUGCCUUCAAACGGUGUUCCUUAAUGGAUUCUGUAGCAUCUUAACCGAAAACCCAAACACAGCUUAUGUGGAAACUAUCAUUACCAGUUUAAUAUUAACAUGUGAAACGGCAGAAAAACUCGGUUACAUUAAAGCAAUGAAGACCACAUAUCCCUAUUUAAAUCAAUUCCUGAGGCUCUAUUUAGAGUUCGUGAUAACUAACAGUGAAAAAAGAAAAUGGCGGACAUUUUUCGGGGAAAAUCUGCAACAAUCUUCAUUGAAAUUAAUGUCGUUUCUUUUGAUGAAACUCAAAUCUUGUGAACAGAUUUUGAAGUGUGAUAACUGCCCUGUUAAAAGCGGUUUACAUGACGCGUUAAGACUCUCAUUCCUUAUAAAGAGUUUCAUAUCAAUACCCGUAAAAGAAAACAUGGAUUUGUCGCAAAUUCUGCCGCUCUACCACGCAAUAAUACUCACACAGUAUGACAUAUUGCAAGACCUAUGCAGUUUAGGAUGCAGUAAUUACGAAAAGUGUUAUAGAAAGUUGCAAUCAGAUGUUCACAACACGUCUAUCUUACUAAACAAGUCUCAGAACUUCGAAUAUUCUGUCAAACUAUUUGAAAUGUACUUGAAGAAUGAAAUCAUUCAUUUCAAAAAUGAAAACGACAUGAGAAACAUUAGCAGAGCUAUGUACAACAAAAGUAUAUGUGAACUGGAUUCGAAGCAAUUUGAAAGUGCAUUGUUGGAUGCCUAUUUGAGCUUGAUAUUUGCCUAUCCUGAAGGUUUGGAAACGGAAAAGUACAUGAGUUUAGUGAUGGAUAUAAAGGCGAAAGCGUUGAAGACGAAGGAAAAAGAUGACCAAACUGACGACAAUGGUCAAUUUGAUGAUCUACAAUUGAUAACGUCAUUGGACGUCUGCGCUAUUGCGAUCGAAGGGAAGAAAUAUGGGAAUCUGAAACCGUUUUUCUGUAAUCUGAAGUUUAGUGAAAUAUUGAAACACGAGUUUGAAAUGUAUGUCAGAUUAUGGCCAUCCAUAGUCCCUAUAGCGGGUGUUUGGAAAACUCUGUACGACUUGUCGCAACACGAUGUCCCGUGGUUGAACGCAAAGGACGAGAAUAUACGAGGCACUCUAUAUGAAAUAGUUGUACGAACACCAUCAGUAGUUAGAACUAUACACAGCGAUCAUUACUCAGAAAUUGUCAACGAAUUACUGGAAAAAAUUCAAGAUGAACAUGAUACAUCGGCUGAAUUGAAAGUAGUUCAUGCGACAUUGUUGUUCCUGAAGGCUGAAUUCGACCUGGCCGAGGCGAGCCAGAAGCACGGGUGGAAGGUCACUGAACCGAGCUUGGACCCGGAUAACCUGCAGCCUAUCCGAACACUACCACAAGAGUUUGAAGCAACCAAACGCGCCAUACAAGCCGUGGAAAUGUGGAUGGACAUCGCAAACGACAUACAUACAGUGGCAGUGUCGUUGCUUCUGGAACAUUCGCUGAAAGUUGCUCAAGUGUUCGUGCAAGUACUGUUACAUCUACACAGAAUGUUAUUUGGGCUACAGUUGGCGUACGUCUGUUGCGCUGUGGCUCAACAUAUUGGAGAUAGAGAAACGUACGUAAGGAACGCAAGCGCAAUAAUAUACAACGCAAACAGACAUACAGAGGAAGUGGCCAUGUUAAUAAGUUGUGGGAGUAAUUAUUGUCAGAAGUUGAUGGAAAAUGAUACUACAUUAGAAACCGCUCUAGUUUUCCUUGGCGAUUGCGCUAUAUAUUACAAUAAAAUUGGAUCAACAGGGCUGGCUGCCAAAUUAACGCGAGCGCUUCAAGCUAAAAUAUUGCAGUAUACUGAAAGAUAUCCCGACAAAUCAUUGAAUCUAGCGACCGGCCGUCUCCUAGAAGCUCAAGCGGGGUUGUAUACACGAAACGGGCCGAGUACGUUAUCUGCCGUCUUCGGAGUGCAUCGACAUUAUCUGACUCUUACUAAUAAUGAAACUAAAUGGACUACCCGUCGUCUCCGCUCCUCCACGUCUCGUAUCUCCACCUCUAUCGGUGGAGUGUGUUCGUCCCGUCUCUCUCGCCGCCUGCUACUGCCUCGUCGCGCCCGCGCAGCCGCGGGCGCCGCGUGGCCGGCCGCGGCUGCGCAAGCGCACGGCUGUAUGCGCGCCGCCGUCACCGAUGUGCAUAACCUGCAGGAUGCUCAGAUAAAUAUCGACAAUCGACUCAAAUUCAUCCUAGGUCUGCCUUCAUCCACCGACCAGCCACUCGCUCUUGAAACGACAACGAAAUCCCACCUCCUGUCCACCCCCAAACAGGAACUAGAGACGAUGUUGGAGAACCUUACCUUCAAAAAAACCCAAACCAGCCCAUCUUUGCCUUGUCUAUCUAUACCUGGGUUUAAAAUCCCGGAUUUCUUAAAGCAUGAAAAGCACUGCUUAUGUUAUGCGUGUGACAACCCCUUCAGCUUCAUCUUAGCUUCUCAAACUUCAGGAUUGGAAGCAUCGAUGUACUUCAGGGCAAAAGAGUUCGAAAUAGCUAAGAAUUAUUUCGAAGGAGCCUUUAUGACUCUAUCUUUGGCAGAGUCUAAGCUAAAAUCCUUCAAAAAUGGUAAAAAAUUCGAAAAGUUCCUCGUCGAUUUCGUUGAUAAGGCAUUGAUUGAUCAGUUUAGGGAAGUGGAGCUUGAUGUAUUGAUCGAAGCGGCAUUUUUUGAGUUGUCACAAAGCAACUAUAAGAAUUCAGACGAAUAUAUCGUGAGGAUACAUGAAAACUUGCAAGAAAAUCCAAAUGUUAGUCCUUAUAUGAGAACUGAAGUUCUUAACCUGUUAGCUGCUUCGGCUAAACUAAGAAACACAGUCGACAAAAGACCCAUAGACGAGUUAGAAGCAGAAUUGGAAAACCUAAAAUUGUCUCCGACUAGAACCGCUGAACCGCCAAAAACCCCAGAAACUAAAGCAGAAAAGCCGCCAAAACUCUCCAAAAUCAAAGUCAAAGACGAAGAAGUGCCAAAUACGAAACGCAGAGUCAUAAAACUCAAUUUGGACGACACUAAUUCUGACGAGAAAGAAACUGUUAAAACUAAACGCGUAUCAAAAAGAAACGAAUUCAAAAUACCUGUUCCUGUUACUAGUAAGCCUGUACUGGAAAGUAUAACGCCUAUUCCUAGACGUAGAAAACCAGAUCUACUCGUAACUCAACCAUCUUUAGACCUGCCUGGCUCGUCAAUUUUAGACUUCGCUACCCCAAAACCGAAAACUGGAAACCACACGGAGUUCUUUACGCCAAUGGAUACCCCAGAACAGUUUUUCACCCCAAUGUCUACGUUAAAAACUUAUACAAAGAGAACUCUACGCCAAGGGAUCGUUAAGAAUUUGGAAACUGAAUUUGCCACACCAAAAUCUGAGGCGAAAAAACAGUCAGAAAACACUUUUGACCAACUAAAAACUCAAAAAGUACCAACCAAGGAGACUGAGAAAGAAAAUUCUGAAAAGUCCAAUUCGGAAAUAGCAAAAGUCAAAGCGAAAGUGGAGUCAGGCUCAGUGAAGUCUUUAAAAGAUAAAAGGACGCUAAAACGGGCAACCAGCCCUGGCAAACUUGAUAAGGUUGACAGAAAACCAACCAGAUCCAGCAGGUUGCGUCAACCAGCGAAAUUUAAUCUCGAUGAUAAUGAAAAGAAAUGACAAACUGAUAGGUUCUGAGUCCAGUGCACACAAUUAAAUUUUAUUUUUAAGUUAUACCUGUCAUUUUCUUAUCCUCCGAAAAGGAAAGGGACAGAUUACCUUGGCUCUUUCUCUCUUCAAUUUCGCGCUCUGUCUCUGUUCUUCUUUUAUUAUGAUCAAACUACGUUAAAUAUGUUAUAAAAACAGGGUGUCAGACCUUUAUUCUGAGUAGUUAUCAAGUGAAAGGAGAUCAUCGGCUCUCCAUACUUUGGCCGGCCCAAAUUUUGAAAAUAUUGAUCCUACAGCUUUGGUGCCAUAGUAAUUAAAUGCUCAGACAGAUACGUUCAAAGGAUAUAUACCAUUAUUGUUACUUGGCCGGCACUUUACAUUUUGACCAAAAAUGUAUGAAAAAUACAGUUUUUUUAAUUCGAAUAAAACCGAAGAUAUUGACCCUACAGCUUUGGUGCCAUAGUAAUAAAUGCUCAGAUGGAUAAGAUCUAACGAAAUAUAGCAAAAUUAUUUUUUGGCCGGCACUUUGACUUCUGGGCCGAAAUCCGAUGAUCUCCUUUACCGUCGCAAAAGUACGGAACUGAAAAUAAAAAUGACACUAAAAUUUUCAUGAAUUUUUCAAUAAGAAACAUUUUAUUAUUAUUAUUAUUUAUUUUUUUGCACUGUCUAUCCCGCUACAUUUUUCAUUAAAUUCAUAUCCUAUACCUAAAGGAUGCCUGGAAGAGAUUGCUACCUUAGCAAUAAGGCCGCCUGUUGUACUACCAAUUUAAUUAUAAUACUAAUGUAUUUUUAAUGUGAUUCAAGUGCAAUAAAGAGUUUUUGUAUUUGUAACUUGGUAUCAACUCAGAAUCAUGGUCUGAAUCUUCCCCCUCAGUAUUCGUUACGGUGUCACUAACACCCAUACGCAUUUGUAUGGCUUUGACCACGGUCGGUACUAAACUGGAACCUGACAGAGGGCAGCAGUAACUGUCAGUACUAUUCAGAGGCGCACAGGAGUCCUAGUACGGCUUUGAAAUAGACUACUCUGGGCGCCAUCGCACUCGCGUCAGAGCACUGCGGGGCAGAAGGCAAGAGGGAAACCACUGCCCUAUUUUUCCCUAAAAAGUAGCAUGGAGAAUGCUACACCGACAAGAGCGUGGCUUUUAAAUUAAUGAUGACGUUAAAUAGGUUAUAAAUAGGGGCUAUUUGGAUUCACCCACUGUAUUUUUCCAAACAAAAGAAAUCCUUACAAAAUGAAGAUCAAAGAUAUCAAAUACUUGAGAUAACUUUUGUUUUUUUUUUUUGUUUCAAAGGUUUCCUGGUCUUAUUACUUAAGUGUUUGUGGCUGAACUUAAUUUUGGCAUUAGUAGAAAAUAAAAUAAAAUAUAUAUUUCA